AUGGAUGUGAUUCCCCAUGACAGGGACUCUGGACCACUGAAGGAUGAAGAGAAGCAAAGGCUUCUCAAUGCACUGAAUGAUUUGGGUGAACCUGCGGAUGAUUCCGCAGGGACUGAUCAUGCUGCAGACAAAGUGCUGACGGCUGAUGAAGCAUCCGGCGAUACUGACCAUGGUCCCCUGCAUUUGUUCAACAAUUACAAUGCUUUCGGCACUUUUGAGAGGCUCGGAAACGACAUGAGCUGGACAUCAACGCCGCAACUUUGGAAGAUCACGGCUUCAACUGAAAGACAUGAGUGCCACCGACUCAAAAUGGUGAAGAACCGGCGGUUAGAAAAACAGAUUCAGAGUGCCAAGAAGGGCGACACCAGACAGUUCAGGCCAUCAGGCCGUCCUCCAAGGCAUGCCUUUGAGCUGCUAGGAACUGGUGAGCGAGAGAUUGCUGAAGCAAUGUCGUGUUUUGGGCAGACACUCCAGCGUUUUACCUUCGAGAUGUCCACGCGGGAAGCUCAAGCCGAAAAUAACGAUGCAGAAGAGCUCGACCCGAGCCACUGCUUGAUAGUGAAAAUGUUCAAGACAGACAUCAAGCUGAAAAAAACACCUGAAGAGAUUCGAUCCUUUGGGAGACAGAUCCUCGUGCGGGAUGCAGAUGAUACACACUUCUUUGAGAAUGAUUUAGAUGGCAUUUCACUUGUUAGCAGUGUGAACACAUCAGAUGUGAUUCGCUUGGUCGUUCCAAAAGACCCUGACUUGUAUGGGCAACUGAUAGGAUGUAUUGGAACAAGUGCAGUCCGAAUGGAUUUGCAAGGAAGCCAACACCAAACCGUCCAAAUACAGGAUGCUUUGUGUGGUGCUUGGACUGCAGUGCCCGUCAUGUACGUCGGCGGCAAGCUCCAUAUUACGCACAUUGAUGCACGCCAAGGGACUGCCAACGUCGUUUGGACUGAUGAAACCAGCCACAUUGCCGACAUUGCAACGUGUUGGUGGAACCCCUAUCAGAUAUGUGCGACAACUUCUCGGCCAUCUUGCACCAUGAAGCUGUUCGACGUAAGAAAAAUGAAUACUUUCUUAGAAGAUAUGGGUUUGCCCGAACGAGGCGAGCUGCGAUACCGCCACCACCCCCUUCACAAGGAUAGGCGUUUUGAGUCCGCAUGGUGCAUGGGGAAAUCUCCCUGGAUGUUUUCCUUCUGCCUUGGAGGCUAUGACAUGGUCUUCAGGAGCAUGGGAAAUGCACAUGGUGCCAGCAGUUCAUAUCACCAUGACCUCGAAAGCUGUGGGGCUUUCGAUUCUUGCGAAGGAUGUGGUGCGGUGAGGCUUGAAAACCGGGCCCAAUCCAGUCUUGCCCUCGUUCAAUACAUGGCGAACACAGGACCCACAGCCGUGUGGUUAGAACAUCCACAGCCAUAUACUGCAAGAUCGUCUAUGACCAGCUCUCCAAAUGAUCCUGCUGACAAAGAAUCAGACCAGAGUAGGCAGCUACUGGAGUCAUUAGUCGGAAGUAUUCUGACUGCUUUACCUGUAUCUGACACCAGCUUGGCAGGCGACAAAACGGCCUUGAAGCAGGGCAUUGUUGCAAGGAUGCUGGAACAUUUUGAAGCAGAAUCAGAUUGUUGUGCGCAGUUUCCAGUCCUUUGGGGAAUCCUUCAGGAAGAGAUUAGGACCAGCAACCCUGAAGUGGGCGCUUCAAAAGCAGCUCUUUUGAUGCCCAAUUUAAUUACUGUUGAAGUUCCAGCCAAUGCGUUGUCUUCUUUAGACAAAUACCUGGGUGAACAGAUUGCUGGCUCGAUGGAAUGCCGUGAAGAAGGCAAGUGCAGAGGUUUCCAACUUCCACAAUUGGAUGACAUCAAAACGGCAAUUUCCAGCCGCAGUCUGAACCCGUUGAAAACCGCACCAGUUCCUCCCCCUCAUCUUGUUGCAGAUGCUGCAAUGGUGUCUGACAUGCACUGGCUGGAAAUGGAGGAUUUGGCAGUGUUGCACUUGCUUCGAAGAUGUGGCCUUGUGGCAACAGGCUUUCCGGUCGAUGAAGUCAAUGAUUUACACCGCUCCGGUGGCAUUGCACAAAGAAAAGCAAAAGAUUGCAUUGAAGAGCGCAAUCGUCUCGAGCUGAGAAACAGCUUCCAAGGGGAAUUGCUGGGCCUUUCCCGGGUGAAACUGCACAUGCAAAAAGGUGAACUCUCACCCUCCGAUGAAGAAACAAUGCGCAAAUGCCUUAGAUCAGGGGAGCCAUUAUUGGUGUGCUUCUGGUCCCCAGCCAAACGCCUCAGAGCCAUCAUGGCACUGCUUAACUUAGCAGACUUGCCAGAAGGCUGGGCGAUCUCAAAUCUGAGUGAAAUGCCUCUGGGACAUUCAUUCACCUUUACAGACUUGGUAGGGGUUGCGACUGCUCAUGAAACAGGACAUGCGAAUCACAGGCAUGCUGCAAGGACAGGAGUCCGGCUCCUGGUCCGAGCUCUUCUAAGAUGUGGUUUACUCGCCUGCAGCAGCGCGAUUCCCAGAGAAUCUCCUGAGUCCGGAACAGAAUGCUAUGUCCUAAAUAUAGGCCAAAGCGCCUUAGAGAUGCAAAAAUCACACGACGGGCAAUGUACCACUAUCUUGGAAGAACAUGCAAAGAAAUUGGACAGAAUUUUAAGUUCCAGCCAGAGAGGGUCUUGCAAACAAGUAGAUCUGUUUGAAAGAGUGCAAGAAUUGAUGCAACAUGCGUUCACAUUGCUGGGAGCGUCUCCAUUGGUCACGUGGAAAAAGACAUUGGCAGAACCUAGUUUGCCCUUGCGACCGAGCUGGCAAAGCUGUUUUGGCGAACGAAGUGGGUAUUAGGGGGUCUGGGGGGUGGACGUGGCGUGAGGGGCCGG